UGACCAAUUCUCUCUCUCUCUCUUAGCGAAUCCAUCUCUUCCACUGCCGCGAUCUGCUCCUCAAAUCCAAAACUCCAACGGUCACAUACGAAGCUCCAGCUUCGAGAGAACUCCCCCAAAUUUCGAGAUAAGAAGAAGGAACGUUUCGCCUUCCCUGUUUGCUUCUCCACUUCCUGUGCCUCCAGAUCUCUUCAAGUUCAAUGGCGGUGAUAUCUAAUUCUUAUUCUCAUCGUCUUCUUCUCUCAUUCAUCCUAGUUACGGCGUUAGUGCAUUGUACUGCAUUAACAUAUACUGAGAAAUCCGUUGAAGCUACUUCUUCUUCACAUUCGAGGGGAAACCCAGAUCUGGAAUCGAAGGCUAACAGCGGAGGAUCUCCUCUCUGGUGCGUAGCGAAGAACAACGCUGAGGAUACAGCUUUGCAGACGGCCUUGGAUUGGGCUUGUGGGAUUGGGGGAGCCGAUUGUGGACCAAUACAGCAGGAAGGUCCGUGCUACGAUCAAAGUAACCUCCAGAAUAUGGCUUCCUAUGCCUUCAAUGAUUAUUACCUCAAGCAUGGAAUGACAAGCGAGAGCUGCAAUUUCGGGAACUCUGCGGCCCUCACUUCCUUAGACCCUAGUUGGGGGAAGUGCCAGUUUCCAUCAAGCUCUAUGGCAAUCAAUGGGAGCUUUGGUGGAACAGCUCAGUUUGGACCCACAGGAUCAGAUUUCAGUGGUGAUAAAGCCGUCGGCAGUUGGAGUCGGACCCUAAUCAUCAUACCAUUGGUUUUCACCUCUUCACUAGCCUUCCAGUUGUGAACACAUUAAGAGAGAGAGAGAGAGAGAGGGAGAAAGAGGGAGUGGAGCGAGGAUUUGGGCGAGAAAAGAGAUGGAAAAAGAUUCGAUAAGUGCUUGGAUUUGCGUGGUUUGAAAGGGCUUUUUGUUCGGGUUGAUUUGUCUAUCAGACAAGCGAACUUGGGGGAGGGAGAUACGGAACUCUCAGAUAUACUUUUUCUCUCUCUCACUAUUUUAUAUUUUAUUUCUCUCCGUCUCCAUCUUUGCUGAAAACUUGGGUUGGGUUCUGGGUUUUUUCCCAUAAGUAGCCGAUUUUCACUCCAGAACCUGCGAGAUUUUGGUUCUCAAAAAUGGGGAUUU